CGGCGGCGCGGCGCGCAGGCGCGGCGGGCGGGUUUCCCGGGGCUACAGCCGGCGCCGCGCCCGCCGUCCGCCGCCUGCGCCAUGGCGGGCUGCGCGGCGCGGGCUCCGCCGGGCUCCGAGGCGCGGCUCAGCCUGGCCGCCUUCCUGCUGGGCGCCUCGGUGCUGGCGCUGCCGCUGCUCACGCGCGCCGGCCUGCAGGGCCGCACGGCGCUAGUGCUCUUCGUGGCCGGGCUCAACGCGCUGCUGCUGCUGCUCUACCGGCCGCCGCGCUACCAGAUCGCCGUCCGAGCCUGCUUCCUGGGCUUCGUGUUCGGCUGCGGGGUGCUGCUGAGUUUCAGCCAGUCUUCUUGGGAUCACUUCGGCUGGUACAUGUGCUCGCUGUCCCUGUUCCACUAUUCCGAGUACCUGGUCACGGCCGUCAACAACCCCAAGAGCCUGUCCCUGGACUCCUUCCUCCUGAACCACAGCCUGGAGUACACCGUGGCCGCCCUUUCCUCGUGGAUCGAGUUCACCCUGGAGAACCUGCUCUGGCCAGAACUGAAGCAGGUCACCUGGCUCAGCGCCACGGGCCUGCUGAUGGUGGUCUUCGGAGAGUGCCUGAGGAAAGCGGCGAUGUUUACGGCUGGUUCCAACUUCAACCACGUGGUGCAGAAUGAAAAAUCAGAAACCCACACUCUGGUGACGAGCGGGGUGUACGCCUGGUUCCGGCACCCUUCUUACGUGGGGUGGUUUUACUGGAGUAUCGGAACCCAGGUGAUGCUCUGCAACCCCAUCUGCGGCGUGGGCUACGCACUGACGGUGUGGCGGUUCUUCCGCGACCGGACGGAAGAGGAGGAGAUCUCCCUGAUUCACUUCUUCGGCGAGGAGUACCUCGAGUAUAAGAAGCGGGUGCCCACGGGCCUGCCUUUCAUAAAAGGGGUCAAGGUGGAGCUAUGACCCCCGGGUCCACGGCGCCUCCCACUCUGUGCAGCCCGGGACAAAACGGCCUCCGGUCGGCCUCUGUGCAGGAUGGAUUUUCUUAAUCACUUUAUACUCACCAUUUCCUCUUCGGGACAUCCCUCAAGACCAAAGGUCAGAGGCCUUAGGACCAAAGGACCCCUCCCCCAACUUCCCGGAGCAGUCUGUUCUUGGGCCGAAUCAAGAGAUGGACGAGGAUGAGAGAUGAACACGGAGCAGAUAACAGCAAUAUCAGCAGUGCGCUGGGCGAGCCAGGCCGCAGGAGCCCAGCGGUCCUGUGAGGCCUCGCUGCCUUUGGGCUGUAACCAAGCCCCCGCCCCGGGGGAGGUGGACUCCUUACUCAGAGUCAGGUUUCUUCCGCCGGAGGGGCGUGGGCACCAGGGCCUUCUAGCGUUAGAGAUA